AUGCUUCUCAGACACGGCGCAACUCGCGCAACACACGCGACACGCACAGCGUCAACAGCUCGUACAGCAGCAGCAACAGCAGCAGCAGCACGCUUCACGCGCGCUUCCUCUACCGCCGGGCCGUCAACACCACGAGCAGCACCACAGCCCGAACGAUCCGUCAUCGAGAUUGCCGGGCCCGACGCCCCAAAGUUCCUCAACGGCCUGCUGUGCAAGAAUGUUGACACGCUCAAGGGCGGCUACACUGGAUUCUUGAACGCCUCGGGCCGAGUGCUGCACCCCGCGUUUGUCAUCCCGAUCGACCCCAAGACGAACCGCUACCUCGUCUCGCACGUCCCCGGUCCAGACCACCCAGCACCUCUGGACAAGUACCUCAAGCCGUUCCGCCUGCGCUCCAAGGUGCGCAUUCGCGACGUCACGGCCGAAUGGGACGUCUACGCGGCGUGGGGCGGCGCCGGCGCCGACACCAACGCCCCCGCGGCCACCUGGCGGUACGGUAACGCGGGCGCGGCCGAGCGCUUGUGGACGUGGUCUGGCGAGCCGGCGCCCCUCGGCCUCGGAGAGAAGGAGCAGGGUUGCUGGGACCUCCGUGCGGGCUGGGGCGCGGCAGGGCUAGGUCGCCAUGUCAUUGUGCCCAAGGGCGAGAAGCUGUCGCUGUUCUCAAACUACGACACGGCCACGACGGACGAGUACAACCUCCGGCGCAUGGUGCUCGGCGUACCCGAGGGGCCGGCAGAGGUCGUGCCGGGCGUCGCGCUGCCGCUCGAGACGGACAUGGACAUUCAUGGUGGAGUCGACGUCCGCAAGGGCUGUUACGUCGGCCAGGAGCUCACCGUGAGGACGUACCACACUGGCGCGACCCGCAAGCGUAUCCUCCCCGUGCGGCUGUUCCCUCUCUCGGGCUCGGCGGCGCUCAGCUCCGUCGCUGAGGGCUCGACGUCGGGCCCGUCACGCGGCGGCGCGCAGGGCGUGGACAUUACAUUCACGCCGUCGUCCGACUCGGCGUCGAAGAAGCCGCGGUCGGCUGGCAAGCUGCUCGCGCUGCACGGCGACUCGACGGCCGUCGGCGUCGCGCUCAUCCGGCUCGAGUUUGCCGACCGGGCGUGGUGGGCCGAUGGCGCCGCCGACGGCACUGUUGCCGACUGGGCCUCGGGCGCAAAGGGCACAUUGACGGCCGAGAUUGGCGGGACACGCUGGGGCGUGUGGGUCGGCAAGGGCGAGGCUUAUGCCGAGGCUCUGGCCAACCUGCCGCCGCCGCGCGAGGAGGCGGCUGAGGAGGAGGAAGAGUAGAGCAUGGAUCAGAAGCAAGCAUAUGCAUCACUUGUC